AUGAGAAGUGUCAUCAGAAGUUGGUCACCUUUACAUUGUCUCCUGCUCUUGCCUCCAGGGUGUCUGUCCUUGCUGGUCACAGUUCAGCACACAGAACGCUAUGUCACCCUGUUUGCCUCCAUCACCCUCAAAUGCGACUACACCACCUCUGCUCAGCUCCAGGACGUGGUAGUGACAUGGCGCUUCAAGUCCUUCUGCAAGGACCCCAUCUUUGACUACUUUUCUGCCUCGUACCAGGCUGCUUUAUCCCUGGGCCAGGACCCUUCCAAUGACUGUAGCGACAAUCAGAGGGAAGUUCGCAUCGUGGCCCAGAGACGGGGGCAGAGUGAACCGGUGCUGGGGGUGGAUUACCGGCAGCGCAAGAUCACCAUCCAGAACCGAGCGGAUCUCGUGAUCAAUGAAGUGAUGUGGUGGGAUCAUGGGGUAUACUACUGCACCAUUGAGGCUCCAGGAGACACAUCAGGAGACCCAGAUAAGGAGGUGAAGCUCAUUGUCCUGCAUUGGCUGACAGUGAUCUUCAUUAUCCUUGGAGCCCUCCUUCUCCUGCUGCUGAUUGGUGUGUGCUGGUGCCAGUGCUGUCCACAGUAUUGUUGCUGCUACAUCCGCUGCCCCUGCUGUCCUACCCGCUGUUGCUGCCCUGAGGAAGCCCUGGCCCGCCACCGCUACAUGAAGCAGGUUCAGGCCCUAGGUCCUCAGAUGAUGGAAAAACCCCUGUACUGGGGGGCGGACAGGAGCUCCCAAGUUUCAUCUUAUGCAAUGAACCCGCUGCUGCAGCGAGAUCUGUCCUUACAGUCCAGCCUUCCACAGAUGCCAAUGACCCAGACGGCUGCUCACCCACCAGUGGCCAAUGGUGUUCUGGAAUAUUUGGAGAAAGAAUUGCGGAAUCUCAACCCAGCCCAGGCUCCCGAUGUCAGAACCAAGUCUGGCUACCCUUGCAGCAUGCUAUCCUCCCUGGGCUCUGCAGAGGUUGUGGAACGCAGAGUCAUCCACCUGCCCCCGCUGAUCAGAGACCCACUAUCCUCCAGGACCAGCAACUCUUCACACCAGCAGCGGUUCAAUCCUGUUUCUUCUAGACACUGGGAUCUGAGUGAGGGCAGGAGGCAGCGCUAUCACUCGGAUUUCCUCCAAGAGCUCCAGGACCGGGGGCUCAGACCCUGGGCCCCAGGGAGAAGGGAACUGGACCCCCAUUGGAGUGGGAGGCACCACCGCUCUAGGCCCAAGGAGUCCUCCAUGCCCUGGUCAGACUGGGACAGCCUGAGCGAAGGCCCCUCGUCCAGUGAGGGCCCAUGGCCCCCCAGACGCCCAGAGCCCCGGGAAGGUGCCCAAAGGCAUGGGAGACGCAGGCACCGCAGCUACUCUCCUCCCUUGCCUUCGGGCCCCAGUUCUUGGAGCUCUGAAGAGGAGAAAGAGUCACUGCCCAGGAAUUGGGGUGCCCAGCGCCGCCACCGCAGCAGUCGCCGCCGUCGUUCACAGUCCCCAAACUGGCCUGAGGAGAAGCCACCCAGCUACCGUUCACUGGAUGUCACUCCAGGCAAGAACAACAGGAAAAAAGGGAGUGUGGAGAGGAGCUUGGAGAGAGAGAACUCCCAUAGUGGACGGAGUGUGGUCAUUUAG